AUGGAUCCACAGCAGCGGUUGCUAUUGGAAUUGUCUUGGGAAUUGGUGCCACGGAGACCCGCGGUGAAUGCAUGUGGAAUAUACAUUGGAAUCCAGCAGAUGGAGUAUGGCAGCCUGAUGGCAUCUCACAACGGAACGCUGGGUGCCUUCUCAGCUACUGGGACUCCCUUCAGCGUGGCCGCGGGCCGCCUGUCCUUCAUCUUUGGUUUCUCGGGGCCGGCAGUCAGCAUUGACACGGCGUGCUCUUCAGCAAUGGUGGGCACCCACAUGGCUGCGCAGCAUCUUCAACAGCACAUGGGAGACGCGCUGUCUGCUGGCGUGAAUCUGAUGCUUGCUGAACGCACAACACUUGCUGCACAAGCUGCCGGCAUGCUAACCCUUGAUGGCCACUGUAAAACGCUUGACAAAGCGGCAGAUGGCUACGUGCGCAGUGAAGCCUGUGUCGUGCUUCACCUUUCAGCCAGCAAUUCCAAAGAUGCUGAAAAUGGGGCAUCCUCUGCACUCAUACAUGAAGGCGUGGUGCUCUGCGGCACUUUUGUCAACCAGGACGGCCGCAGCAGCAGCCUGACAGCACCCAAUGGCCCUGCUCAGCAGCGAGUACUUCGCGGCGCACUGCAGGCAGCUAUUUUGUUGCCAGAGCAUGUGACUGGGCUCGAGAUGCACGGCACAGGGACUGCGUUGGGCGAUCCCAUUGAAAUUGGGGCAAUCACAGCAGUCUUGCCCGGUGCUGGACUGCCGCUGCAGCUCACGGCUGCCAAGUCACGCCUCGGCCAUGCUGAGCCUGCAGCUGGCAGCAUUGGCAUGGUGCACGCAGCUGUCGAGCUGUGUACGGUGCACAGCAGCUCCAUCACAUGCCUAACAACAGUGAAUCCCUAUGUAUCGAGCACGUUUACAGAACUGACAACAAUUGGGCAGCC